CUCCGCUUCGAGCCCUGUCAUCCAUUCCUCCCUGGUCUGUCUAAGUGAAUGAAUCUUGCUUUCUAUAUUGAGACAGUGUUAAAAAUCUGCGAAUAAACAGAUUCAAAAUUUCUCUGUGAAGAAGGCGAAUAGAAGAAGUUGGUAAAAGAGAGGCCAAGCAUAUUCCUGCCAAGAUGUUUUGCGGCUGGUUUUUGCUGCUGACACUGGACUAUUUCGCCAUGGAAGCACAAACACUACCGGCUAACCAAAUGGAAGAGGUUUCCAAGAAAGAUCAGGCAAUGCGGCCUAAAGUAAAGCGCACACAAGAGCUUCUUAUGUUUGGUAACCAACAGAAUCGUCAGACCGAAAAUAACGCUCCGAGUAGCCUUUUAUCACCUGCCGAGAAGAGAAUGUUCAGUUCAUCUGGUUUCGAAGAUUCGAAAGAGGCAAUGGAGGGCGAACCAUUCAGUCAUAUAAAACCACCAAGUAACUACUUAUUCGAACGUGAAAUAUUUCCUCAAAAUGACCAAAAAUACGAUUACGGAAAAGUUCUCGUAAAUGAACUUGGUGAAGUACUGAACGUGCCGCCAUAUCCUUACUAUAAUUCUGAAGAGCGUCGUAAGCGUUCUGAUGAAAUAGGCACACAUUCGACAACAACCACUGCAACUUCUUCUCCUGCUUCACUUCCAGCUACAUUUUCCACACCACCACCAAUUGUCCAGGCUAACAAUAAAAGAAACAGUCUGCCUUUUUAUCAAGAACCACGUUAUAAACGAGAAUCAGAAGUGGAUCCAGAAGCUAUGUUGGAACUUCUUCAAGCCUGGGAAAAUGAGCAUCGUAGCAGGAAUUGGCGUAACCUUGCUAACGAUGAAUACGAUAACGUUGAUGUCGACAGUAACUUGAUUGGAGUUGAAGAAGAAGAUCCUAGGACUGGUAUAGCCUGGCCAGAAGGACCAAUGUAUCCACCUCCACGUCACUACAGUAUUGGCGUGGACUCUUUGGCACCAUCUGAUAUAGGAAUUCCACGAACGCAUCCGGCGAGUUUCUACGAUCAGUAUGGAAGCCAAUUUGCUCAACAAUACGACAUAGGACGACCACAGUACGGUUCGCUACAAUAUGGUGCGAUUUACCCCCAACAUUCCUAUUAUCCACAGGAAAAAAGAUUAAUGGCGUACAGAAAGCGAUCAGCACAGGGCUACGAUUCAUACGGUGGUAGAACUGGAAUGCUGAAUAUGGCUCAGAUUUUAGCGGCUCCCCGUGGCUAUCCUAACUAUCAGCAUCGUUUCAUGUACUAGGUAAUUGUAAUUUUCACGAGUUCAUCGCAACCUACGAAUUAGCGUUUGCGGAUUCAAUGCAGAAUCAAGCCGAAUAAUUAAUUAUCUUGGUGUCUUUCGAUGAAAGCAAAAGACAUUUAUGCUAUAGAAACUGCGAGCUGUGUACAUUAUUUUCUCGAAGAGGCCCUAAUAUAGUUCCUAUGCAAUAAAUUUAUCAAAUAUUUUUUUUAAUAGACACUGAUCUCAUAAUUACCUACACUUUCAUCUCUAUGGUGCAUUAUGCGUAGUAUAAGAAAAAAAUUAUUUCAAUUUCGAAAAUUAUAAAUGUAAAUUGAGUGUCUUGAAUACUUGAUAAUUUAUAUAUUUUUGUGUUUAAGGGCAUGUGACACAG